UUGCAGUGGUGGAGAAGAACGUGUACGUCAUUUUCACAAUGGCGGAGGCUGGGUGAGGAGGAGAGUGUGUGCGAAGCGGCGCCCUAAUCGGUACAACUGUAUACCCUCUUAAACGUGCACGGUGUCCGAAAAUGGCCCUCAACCCCAACGCGGCGGGGAAGAAGGAGGCGGAUUGUACCCGGACAGGCGAUCAACAUCGGGAUGGCGGCGAAGUCCAGAAGGAAUCGAGCGCCGCCUCGGCCGCAGCCAACCAAAAUGGCGAUCAGGCUGGAUGUGGAGACGGCGUAAUGCCCGACCGAGAAGCUCCUGAGCGGCGGAGGAGCGUGCAGCGGGACGCCCGUAGCUUUAACACUUCCCCGCUACCAGGCCAGAAGCCGAACGAGGACGUGCCGAGGAGAAACUUUCAAAUCCCGAGGAAGACUAGAGAACGGAAAGGCUUGUACCAGAUUCUGGCCCCAGACAGCCGGGAAUUUGAGGAUCUUGUGAAGCUUAUUUCCUCGUUUUACUUGGACUCAUCCUCACGGGGAAUGUUCUCAUACUGCAAGGCCAGGCUCAUUCACAAUGAGCUGCUGGAGAAGGAGUUUAUUGAGAAGCGGAGAGAAAUGAAGCAGGAAGGAAGAACUGAUCAAGAACUCACUGAAUCCUACUGCUUCCUUUAUCCUGACAAAUCCAAGUUGCAGUGGGUCUGUGAGAAGGGUCUGUCUGUUGGACAUGCCAGGAUCACAACAGUAGGAAAUCCAUCUUCAGGUGUUUAUCUCUCCAAAUAUUCUGAUUUAUUACAAAUGAACCCAUUUGAAGCUGGAACAACUGGAGACAUGAUUGUUUUUAAAGUUAUGAGGGGUCGAAUAAAGCACAUUUUUGACAACAUGCCCAAGAAUGCUAUGGAACCCACACCUAAAUUUGACUGUCACUUAUCCAAAAGUGCCAGCAGGGCCACAUCUUUGCUGUCAUAUAGAGCGUUUGAACUCACACAGCAAUACUUUUUUGAGUUUGCAUUUGAUGAGAUCAAGGCACGUCCCAGGCACGUGUGCCCCUAUGCUGUGGUAUCUUUUCAGUACAAAGGCAAGGAGACCGCAGCAGCUCCUAUGACUGCACACAGGUUUAACACAAUUUCUCCUGAAGGAAAUAGAGGAAAGAACUGCUACACUGUAUGGAGUGGCCCACUAGUGAAUAAAGGCCAGGAGUUAUUCCCAGUCUGUCUGCGGUCAUCCAAACGUGCUUACCUACCUUUCAGAUUGCCUGAGAAGCUGCAGGUGAAUCGUGCCAUGCAGCUGGACCAGGUGAAGCGAAAGCUUCCCUCCAUACUCUUUUCUUGGGACACCUACAGCAUGUCACGAGAAGUGCUGAAAUAUGGGAUGUUCUGCAGCCUGUUUGAUGUGGUGGAUGGAAAAGGCAAACCAACCUGUGGUAGCCUGGCAGCACUGAUCAACAAACUAGAGCGGGACAGGAUGGUGCUGGUGAAGUCCUUGCUUGAUCGAGGCUUUCUUUUCCUGCUGUCUUCAGCUCAGAUGUUGGAUUCUAAAGAGCGGUGGGGGCGAGUUGAGAAGAACCUCCAGGCUUUAUUCAUCUUUCAGGAGUCGAGGAUGGUUGUCAAGUAUUCAUCCCGGCUGUUUGAUUCAGACCUGCUGACAGUGGAGCUGCGGCCUUCUUUUCUGCCCUGCGUGGAGUCCUUUAUUCCAGCUCUUCACUAUGCCCUGUUCAAGUUGCGGCCAAACCCAGGAAAGGACCCGAGUUUUGGAGUAGAGCGGCAAGCCACUGAUUACUUAACUCGUAUGGAUUUAGGCACAGUGAGACCAUUCAUCCUGCCUGACUACAAACAUGUGGAUGAUCGGACCAAACCUCUCCCACUGCACAGACCCAAAUGCAACAUGGAGGCUGCACUGCGCUCGUACAUUCACAAUCCUGCCAAUUACGUUCUACCGUUGGCCAAGGCAAAGGAUAUCAUUUACAAAAUACAGAACCCUGUGCCUGCUCCUGCCCCUGCUCCAAUGGAAUACAGUCCUGUUUCUGAUUGGGGUGGGUCGGACAGGGGUUCAGACAGGGCAGAGAGGCUCCUGGAAAGGCUACCACAGGAGAAGUCGCUUCUAGAUAGGACAGGUCUUGAAAGAAUGCGUCUAGACAGCAGCCGGCAGAGGUCAGGUUUGGCCCCUUCAGUUGGAACACAGCUGCAGCCCAGGACCCAGAUUGAAACCCAGGCUCAGUCCCAGCGGUUGCGGCUGUCCCAGAGUGAGUAUGACAAAGAGAAGAUGAAACAAUUACUGAAGCUGAUACAUCUCCACAAGAAAACCCUUGUGAAGGAUCCUGGAAAAGAAAGGGCAGAGGAUGUUGGGGCAUGGGUCUCUCGCCAGCUGAAGAGGAAAUAUGAGGGAGAUGACACUGGAGGCAUGAGCAAACAUUCACGUACAGAUCCACUGAGCAACGGUGAACCAAGCAGAGUGGCCCAACCGGAUGAACCUGGAGAUGAGCCUGUCCACAGUGAAAAUUUGACUGAAGUGAUGGAAAGCAUGGGCAUCUAUGACACCGACCUGCGGUCCCGUACUAAUACCGAUGCCUCCUCAGUCCACGAGACCCAACGGCUUCUCAAGAUUCUUCUGACUACUCUCAACAAAGCCAUGACUCAGGGGUCUUUGCAGGUAAACCACGGUGAGCCAUCAGCUGGUGCAGGCAGGAGUGAUCUGGCUGUUCAUGACCCAGAUUUUAGGAAACAGAGUGAGCUGCAUUUGCAGACAAACUACCUAGAGGACAUGGACUGUAGCCCUGGUAGUCCUGUUAGUCCAGGAUCUCCACCACAGCAACCGAGCACCUCAGACAAUUUGAUGUGGGUUGUUCGCACUGAUGAAGACAAAGCACAGAUUUUUCCCGAGCUGAAGGUGGAGCCAAAGCUCAAGCCGAAGCUGGAACCAAACCUCGAGCCAAAGCCCGAGUCUAACCCUGAGCUCAGGUUCGAGUCGAAACCAGAGGCAAAAGUCGAACUGGACCCUGAUGCAAAGUUCCAGUCAAACUUGGAGCUGAAGCCUGAACCUAAGGCUGAGUCAAAGUUAGAGAUGAAGUAUGAGCCGAAGGUCAAACCAGAACUGGAUUCUGAGCCUUUUGUCGAGUUGUCGCAAGAGCCCAAGCCUGAGCCUGGUUUUGAGCCUAAGCUUGAGCUUGAGUCAGGGGCUUUGAUAGUUGCAGAUCACCAGCCAGGACAGCAGAACCCUACACUCAUGGAAGUGGAAAAGACUACUGGACCACCCACAGUACCCCUCAUAGAGGAGGUUCCCCCUGGGCCCUCCAUCAGCCUUGAUACCAUUCUUAAUCAGGAAAUUCACAGUCUCACUUCAGACAUUAAAAGUAUCAUGCAGAGCAACCACAUCUACUAUUCCUCCAGGCUGCCACUGCGGUCACCAUUGCACCACAGCUGGCUGCCAAACUGCUCUUUUUCAGACUUUGUUGUGCCCUUUGUCAGCUCUGUCCCAAUUCAGGGGCACGUCAAAGCACUUUGUGAGAAAAUGGGCAAGUUGAUCCCUGCACCACCUGCUCCUGUCGAGGUCACUUCUCCACCUCCCCCGGUAACAUCAUCUAAUCUUACAACGCCGCCACCCGCCCCCACCCCAAUGUCGCCACCUGCCCAUGCUGCAACGCCACCAUCCGCCCCCACUGCAGCUCCACAUAUCAAAGCGGAAUCUUCGCAGUCCAACACCACUGUUUCAGCUGAGAGUCAUAAGAAAAUGCGCACCAAGGCAAGAGCACAGGCUACUUCAUCAGAGGUGGCAGGGAAUGUUUAUUCUCCCUCUCAAAUCACUCCAGACUCUCCAGGAUCAAACUCUGCUCCCAGCACUGGUUCAGGCCUACUGGCGACCUCCCUCAUUGGUCAGUUGAAACCUGAGGUUUUUAGUAGCUUGGUAGAGAUCUUUAAGGACGUCACCAAGAACACAGUGAAGUUCUAUAUCUACUCUGGGGAUGAGGAGGAGAGCACCGUCUGCAGGGAGAUCAAGGAGUACUUGAUAAGUCUGGGCAACAGGGAGUGCAGCCCACAGACCUUUCUGGAGAACAGUGGCAGUUUGGAUAAGCUGCUUAUCAUCAUUCAGAAUGAGGACAUUGCUGCACAUGUGCACAAGAUCCCAGCUCUGGUGUCGUUGAAGAAACUGCCUUCAGUGAGUUUUGCUGGAGUGGACACUCUGGACGAUGUCAAGAACCGCACGUACAAUGAGCUGUUUGUGUCCGGAGGCUUCAUAGUAUCUGAUGAACAUGUCCUCAACCCAGACUUCAUCACACAGGACCGGUUACAAGGCCUGCUGAAGUUCUUGGAAGAGCAGAGCACCCCUGAACAACCCUGGCAGUGGAAGGUCCACUGCAAGUCCCAGAAGAAGCUUAAAGAGCUGGGGAGGAUGAACACCAAUGCCAUGGGGCUGCUGAACCUUCUGACAGCCUUCCAGAAGAAGCAUCUUGUGGAGUUCCUUCCUUACCACGAGUGUGACACACAGUCUCGUCAAGCCCCGGAUCUGGAAUGCCUCAUUAAGCUCCAAGCUCAGUACACCCAGCAGCGGCACCUCAUUUUCCUCACAGAGAGGCCAUUUGAGAUGUUCCUACAGUACUCCAGAAAUGGAAUAGUAAUAGCGAGCAUUGAUGAUGUUAUGAGUGGCUUCCACAGUUUAAUUGGGUCCAUCAGUCAGAAUGAGCUUCCAACACCGCCGUCUACUGUAGUGAAUGAAGAGUGUGUGGAACAGGAGGACAUGUCAUUGGACUCUGAUGAUGAUGAACCAGCUGAUGUGCCUGAGCUGUCAGAGCAGAACCAUGGUAUUAAAGAGAAACAUUCACAGCCUCCCCCACCAGAGAUGGAAGAUUUUCGUCCUCCGCUACCAGACCAACAUUCGACCCCUGAGAGUACCCCAAUGCUGCCUGACUACAGCGCUCUCAAAACGGUCAUCUCUCAGUUCAAAGCUAACCAGAUGGGCUCCUCAGACAUUGGCAGCAUGUCCCCUGGUGGUUUUCCUGUCAAUCCUCACCAGAGCUUCCUGUGCCCUUCAGCCUCGUGGUCAUCUUAUACUGGCUCUUCUAGCUACGCAGCCUCCCCAGCCUAUCCUGCCUCUCCCUGUAGCGGUACACAAGAACAGGAACACCGUCCCCCUGUCACAGCUUCUGGCACUGUAUCAACUCCCCCUACCAUGACCACACAUGGACCCCUUGCUAACCUGGCCUCCCUCCCUUUGGAAGUCAAACCUCCACCUCCACCUCACCUCAUGUUGAUGGGUCGCGCAUACGGCUCAGAUAGUGGAGCAGCUGGGGCAGUUGGCGCCUUUGCUGCUGGCAGUGUCCUGCCGCUGCCUCACCCCCUUGUGGAGUCUUCUCCCAUCUCCACAUCCCUCCCCUACACAGACCAGAGUGACGCAGCUCAGAAAGGCUACAUGGCUGGCAUUCAUAAAAGUGCCAGUGAGACACCCACACAUCAACCUGAGACUCCGCAGGGUGGCCCAGGGGAGAGCACGUGGGGGGCAACGGUAGCCCGUAGUUGUGAGACUGCCAGCAGCAGGAGUGAACCCAUUUCUGGGCCCAUGGACCCCAGUGGACUCUCUAAGAGCGGUGAGCAGGGAACUCAUAGAAGUGGCGCCCCUGGGAAUCAAGGGGGCAGGACUCAGGUGAAUUGCACUGACAACCUUGGAAGUUCUGUGGGCAUUCCUACAGCAGCCACCAGGGGAAGCGCUAUAGUCAGACCUAAACUGCCUCCACAUUCAAUGGGUGUUGGAGGUUAUGGCAGUAUAGGUGGCGUGCUUGGACAUAUGGAUCACGGACUCACACGGGGUGCAGUGGGUCCUGGUUCCUUAGGCAUCUUCAGAGGGAGAGGACCCCCGCCAGUAGGAAUGUGGCCUCGGCCUGGCCGAGGACAUGAACGGGGGGGUGGACCCUGUUCUUGGGGGUAUCCAGGUGGCAGGGGUGCGGGACAAGAUUACUACUUGGACUACACAUACCCAUACAAUUAAGCUCCUGAAUAGACAAUCAAAUUGAUGAAAGGAGCGACAUGAACUGCUUACUCCAGAGACAAUUACACCUGGCUGAAUGUAUAUAUUUACUUGUCAUAAACACGUUGAUUUAAGUCGGUAAAUAAGGAUCAUGGUUUUCUACAUUAUUAAAAAAAAAAAUUGAUACAGGCAGUGCCGAGUGUCCUACUGUCGUGUGAGCUGUGUGUACACUCUUUCCAUGUGAACUGUUUGAGACCCCCCCCCCCCUGUUCAAACCACUAUAUUUAUAUUUGCCAACAAAUAUUGUUAUGGCCUUCCAGCUUCUCGGAUUUAUCAUAACGAUUUCUGUUUGUCCCAAUUUUGAAACGGUUUGUGAACAAGGGGAAAGGUUGAUAUUUUUUUAAGGAUUUAAAAAAACAAAACAAAUUAGUGAAUGGCAUUUCACUUUUGCUGUUGGUUUUCUUUUUUAUUUUACAUAUUUGGUUGUUCUAAAUUCUAUGAAAAUAAACCAUUUCAAAUCUUG